CCGGUUCGUCCUGAGCGGAUCCCCGGAGCCCCUCCACCCGCCCCCGCCGUCAUGGAGCCCCCGGACUUCGAAGCCCUGAACUUCACGGUGCAGGCGGCGGCUCCGGCGUACCCGCUGUGCGCGGCGUGGCGCGCGGGCUCGGAGGGCUCGGUGUUCCACCUGGCGCACGUGCUGCUGCUGCUGGGCUUCAUGGGCGGCAGCGGCUUCUACGGGCUGCUGUACCUGCUGUCGCUGCUCAGCCUGGGCUUCUUCUGCGCCGCGCUGUGGGCCUGGACCGACCCCUGCUCCACCGAGCCCUUCCUCUGGACCUUCGCGCUCUUCUGCGCGUGCGUGGCGCAGCUGCUGCACGUGUCGUACCGCCUGCGGAGCGUGUCCUUCGACCGGGACUUCCAGGAGCUGUACGGCGUCCUGUUCCAGAGGCUCGGCGUGUCGCUCACCUGCUUCGGGAAGAUCGUGUCGUGCUGCGAGGCGCAGGUCCAGGUCCUGGACAGGGACCACUGCUUCGCUGUGGAGGGCAAGACCCCCAUCGAGAGGCUGUCUGUGCUGCUGUCUGGAAGGAUCCGGGUGACGGUGAACGGGGAGUUCCUGCACUACAUCCACCCCUUCCAGUUCCUGGAUUCCCCCGAGUGGGACUCUCUCCGACCCUCGGAGGAGGGCGUCUUCCAGGUGACCCUGCGGGCCGACGCCCCCUGCCGCUACGUCUCCUGGAGGAGGAAGAAGCUCUACCUGCUCUUCGCCAAGCACCGCUACAUCGCCAAGAUCUUCGCUCUGGUGGUUCGGAACGACAUCGCCGACAAGCUGUACUCCCUGAACGACAAGGCCUUCGACAAGUCGGGGCACCGCUACGACCUGCGCCUGCCCAGCUACUGCCACGCGCCCGGCGCCGGCGCCGACAGGCCGGACGACCUGCUGCAGGUGCCGGUGCAGGGCGGACGGACGCCACGAGAACGCCACUCGCAGCGCGUGGAGGAGGGAGCCAGCUAG